UGCCACCUACAAGGAACGGAAUUGGAAAAUUAUAAAGGAAUAAAUUUGAAUGGAAUUAGUAUAAGAAUUGGAAUCUAAUAGAUAGGAAAGGAAUGAAAUGAAAUAGAAUAGAAUAGAGCUAAUUUAGCCCCCAAAAAGAAAAAAGAGAAUAAAAUUGAGCUAUCUUGUUUUGAAAGAAAUGAAAGGAAUGUAAGUAGAAUUGUCCUGGAGAACAAAGUAGAAACAAAUCAUAUUAUACCUUUCUUUUAUAAAUGGUAAAUUGUAUUUUGCUGUCAUUUGAUAUUAUUAUUAUUAUUAUGAAAGUAAAAUUUUAAAAGUAAUAAAGGAAAAUAGAUUAUGAUGAUGCCUUGAAAGUAUGGUUAUUUGGUGGAAGACUGACUUGAAGUGAACAAUUUCCAAUAUGAUGAUGACGUAAAAGUAUAAUUCAAAUGGAUUAUGAUGAUAGUUAUAGUAAAGUAUAGUUUUGGUGUAAACUAUGACGUAGAAGUGAACAAUUUCUAAUAUGAUGAUGACGUUAAAGUAUAGUUCAAAUGGAUUAUGAUGAUAGUUAUUGUAAAUAGAGACAAAUAAUAAGAGAAGAGUAUUGCAAUAAAAUUGUAAAAUAUGAGAGACGUUAUGACUUAUGAGUUUUACUAAACUUUGUCAUAAUUAAAGGCAAGGCAUAGUUAUUAAUUAUUAUGAACUAGGAGAUAAACAAUAUAAUGCUAAGUUCUGGGAUUAUUGGCAGCAACAUUUCUUUCUUCCUUUUUUGCUGCAUGUCAAUGCAAAACCAUGUGCCAUUCAAUAGAAAAUUCCUCUCUUGUAGUCUUGUAGUAUAGGGUUUCUUUCCAUUAUUGGCUUCAGACUAGAAACUAAAGAUCUGGUAAAGUGUGAGUCCGACCUGUUAGGUUCUAAUAAUUCAUGAAAGAAAUUAUCAUAUUCCCACAAUUUAAUUAGAUGCGAAAUCUAGAAAGCCCAUUUUCAUGGUUGAAGAAAAGGUUUUUUGUUCAAAUCCUUUCAUUUUAAGAAAUUGGUUGGUUAUACAAUAACUAGUAUUUUAGUAUUUAGAGUCUUCGAUGAAAGAAAGAAGAACAAUCAUUCAAAGUUAAAGUGAGAAAAUAGGCAAAACCUGAACGGUUCAAUACCCUCUGCCUAUGCAUCUACACUAGCUGAGUGUCAUUAUCCAGAAAGGACCAACCAGUUUUAUGGGGUUAUAUGUGGUCAACUAUAAAUGUCUUAGUCACCCAACUAGGGAAACUUUGAUAAACAAUAAUAUACCUGUUAUCCAUUGGCAGAGAAGAGAUGGUGAUAUUUGCACCACUCUGCCAAUGAUUCUGAUAAUGAAGAGAUGGAUCAAAACGAAUAAGAACAUAUCAACUGAAAGAUUGAAAAAAGAAGAAGAGAAAAAGACACUUUUCGAGUGAACAUCAUUCAGUGCCUUAUUUGAACGAAGUCCAUAUAGUCCCAUCUGAUAUAAGUGAUCCCUGAAGAGAAUCAACACAUCCUGAAUCUCCUUACUUCUUGCAUCCUUUGCAUAGAAUUCAUAUUAAAUAUCAUCAUACCUUUCAUCCUUUCAUGUUUUAGACGGUCUAGCAUCAAUGUUUGUUUUUUCAUGGAUGGUCAAUGAAGUUGGGGAAUGAAUAUUUUAAUUCAAAAUGCAGUGUAGACACAAAAGUUUCCAUCCAGUUUCUAUAGGAGGCUUAAUUGCAGCCUUAUAUUUAGAGUUAUGGCUUCUACCAAUAGCAAACGCAGGUCAUAUUAAUGCAACAUAAAUUUCCACCAUAAUACAAACGUAAAGAAAUUUAAAAAGUUAUUUAAUUAACCAAAACGUUUGUCUCUCUUUUAUCUUUAUAACCUCUAAAAUCUAUUUCAUUCAAUGUCAGUUUCAAUCUUCUCUUACUAAUCUGUUGGUCUAUUUAUAUGAACCAUUUUCCUCUUGGACAUUCAUCCGAACAGAUCUUUGGUCUCUUAUAACAAAAAAAGAAAAGAAAAAAGAAUAUAUUUUUGGUCUAUCUUGAUGAAAAGAUGGCCAAGAUAUCUAUUCUAUUUUGUUUCAUUAUCUUAAUUGCCUUUGAAUUUGUUGAUUGUCAUGUAGCGCAUGAAAAGAUUGGGAUAUAUGAGCUCAAGAAUGGAAAUUUCUCUGCAAAGUUCACUAAUUGGGGUGCAUCCCUUGUCUCCCUUAUUGUUCCUGACAAAAAUGGGCAACUGUCUGAUGUUGUUCUUGGAUAUGAUUCAGUAAAGGAUUACAUCAAUAGUUCCUCGCCUUUUGGUGCAAUUGUUGGACGGGUUGCUAACAGAAUUAAAGAUGCUCGGUUUACUUUAAAUGGGAACCUGUAUAAACUAGUUGCUAAUGAAGGGCACAACACAAUUCAUGGUGGCUCUAGAGGAUUCAGUCGCGUUGCUUGGAGAGUGAGCGGGUAUAAAAAAGGAGCUGUUCCCUACAUUCAUUUUUCCUAUCGAAGUUUUGAUGGCGAACAAGGAUUUCCAGGUGAUCUUAUUGUCAGUGUGACCUACGUACUCAUUGGACAUGACACAAUGACAGUAACAAUGAAAGCCAGGGCUCUAAACAAGCCUACUCCAGUGAAUCUAGCACAACACACUUACUGGAACCUAGGUGGCCACAACAGCGGCGAUAUCCUGUCUCAUAAAGUCCAGAUAUUUGGCUCUCACAUCACGCCUGUUAAUCGUGAGCUUAUUACCACUGGCAAAAUUGUGCCAGUAACUAGAACACCAUAUGAUUUCCUCAAGCCCCACACCAUUGGAAGCAGGAUCAAGGACCUGCCUAAUGGUUAUGAUAUUAACUAUGUGCUUAAUGGUGGCAAGGGCAAUAAAGUGAAGCGCGCUGCAGUGGUGCACCAUAAGAAGUCAGGAAGGGUAUUGGAGCUGACAACAAAUGCUCCAGGCCUGCAGUUCUCUACAAGUAACUGGAAAAAGAAUUUUAAGGGAAAAGGUGGACACAUCUAUAAACCCCAUGCAGGACUAUGUUUGGAGACUCAAGGUUUCCCUGAUGCAGUGAACCACCCCAAUUUCCCUUCACAGAUUGUGAAGAAAGGAAAGCCUUACUCGCAUUCUAUGCAGAUUAAGUUUUCAACUACAAGAUCAUCUGCUUAAGAGUAGAUGACUAAAACCUUCUACAUAAUUAUUUUUGGCAUUUUUGUGUCUUCCAAUUGUUUCAGUGU